GCCCUAUUUUAACCGGGGAGAACGCAUAAAUACCACGCGUACGACUCGUUUCGAAUCAUUCCGAACAAAACCGGCAACAACGACGUUUCAAAGAGAAACUUGCAAGUUUGCUGACUAUUGAGUAUUAAAUUAAAAUUUCAUUUUAUCUUUUUGUUAGUGUUUCUGUGCGCGAGGUGAAUACAUAUAUUAAUAGGAGAGAAAAAAAGAGAAUUUUUUAGUUGUUAAAAUGGCAUCGUCUAAAUUAUUCGCAAAGUUUAAUAUUACGAUUAAAAAUUUUAAUCGAAAAAAUGGACCGAAAGUUUUAAUCAAUAUUUCAUCUACGCAUAAUAGAAAAUAUUCAACGCGUUCAAAAAUUAUUGUUGAAAAACCAGUCGUAGAAAUCGGCGGAGAUGAAAUGGCCAAAGUUCUAUUUGACCGUGUAAAAAGAAAAUUAAUAAUCCCCUUUGUAAACUUAGAACGAGAUUACUACGAUUGCAGUUUAAAAAAUCGUAAUCGUACUGAAAAUGAGAUCGUCGAUGAAGCGAUUCAAGCGAUUAAACGACACAAAGUGGCGAUUAAAUGCCCAACUACAACCCCCAACGAAAAAGCUAUACGCGAUCAAAAAUUAAAACAGAUCGUUUUUCCCAGUCCUAAUGUAAUGAUAAGAAACGCUUUGAGUGGAACGCAAAUUCGGGAGCCGAUUAUUUGUAAAGGGGUUACCAAGUUUGUGCCGCGUUGGAGGAAUCCCAUUGUAAUGUGUAGACACACUUUUGGGGAUCAAUAUGGGGGUAAAGAUAUUGUUUUGAAUGAACCGGGGAAAAUUUCAUUGCAAUAUACAACAGAAUCAGGGGAGAAUUACAAAUAUGAAUUUGAAGUACCAGGAAAAGGGGUUGCUUUGCUUACAUACAAUACGCAAGAAAGUAUUGAGGCUUUUGCUGAAUCUUGUUUCCAAAUUGCUUUGGAAAGGGAUUAUCCCUUAUUCUUUACAAGCAAACACACUCAUUUAAAAAAGUAUGAUCAAAUUUUUGUGGAUACUUUUAACAAGUUAUAUAAAAAGAAAUACAAGAAAAGAUUUGAUGCAAAAAAUUUAUCAUAUGAACAUAAAUUAGUAGACGAUAUGGCAGCUUAUGCAAUUCGUUCAAAUGGAGGUUUUGUAUGGGCCUUAAAAAGUUAUGAUGGGGAUGUUUUGUCCGAUAUAGUCGGGCAGGGUUUUGGUUCAAUGGGAAUGAUGAUGAAUAGUCUCCUUUCGCACGAUGGACAAAUGAUUUUAACGGAACCUGCUCAUGGGGUUAUUUCUAGACAUUAUAAGAAACAUUUAAACGAUGAGAAAACAUCUACGAAUCCGUUAUCGACUAUUUUUGCUUGGACAAGAGGUCUUCAACAUCGAGCGAAAAUUGAUAGAAAUUAUGAUUUGUUGCAUUUUGCGGAAUUAUUGGAGAAGUGUAGUCGGCAAACGGUUGAAGAGGGCCAUUUAACUAGGGAUUUGGCUUUGUGCACUUAUGGCCAUAAUUUCCAUGACAAUGUUUGCAUCAGCACCGACGAUUUUAUUGAGAUUAUUGCCGAAAAAGUCGAGGGACACUUUGUACAAUUGUUUAUUGAAGAAGAAGUUGAGGUUAAAAAUUAAAGCUUAAAGAAAACAAUCUUAAUAUUUAAGAUGUAUUUACAUAUUAUAUUU